AUGAAAAGUUAUAGUGCCCUGCAGAAUCAGAUACGUAUCUUUUCUCUCUCUCUUCCCGUGCCGUAUCGUAGCGUAUCACUAUCUCUCUCCCCUCAUAUCAAAUUCGUCGGCUCAAUGGGACAAUUCGGCGCUUCGCAACAGGAAAAAAGCGCCAUCCCACCCUACCCGCAACCAAAACCAGUCCCAGGCCAGGGUUUAUCGCAUCAGACGGAGGGACUCGAUGUGCUACUCGGAAUCGCAUGGCCAAUCUUGGCGCAAAGGAAAGCUGCUGUCCUCGGUAUGGUACGGUCUGGGCCAGCUAUCGGCAUUUCUCCCUUCUUCGACUGCCUCUUGCAAUGCGCUUUGCGACAAAUGCUCUCCGUCACACAAUUGAGGACCGCGAUGGCCCAUUGUCGCGGGGGGGUCCAGCUUUCAACUCGCCCGUUUCCAAGUUAA